AUGUCCGGCCGCGGGAAGCAGGGCGGGAAGGCGCGGGCCAAGGCCAAGUCGCGCUCGUCGCGGGCCGGGCUGCAGUUCCCCGUGGGCCGUGUCCACCGGCUGCUGCGCAAGGGCAACUACGCGGAGCGGGUGGGCGCCGGCGCCCCGGUGUACCUGGCGGCCGUGCUGGAGUACCUGACGGCCGAGAUCCUGGAGCUGGCGGGCAACGCGGCCCGCGACAACAAGAAGACGCGCAUCAUCCCCCGCCACCUGCAGCUGGCCAUCCGCAACGACGAGGAGCUCAACAAGCUGCUGGGCAAGGUGACCAUCGCGCAGGGCGGGGUGCUGCCCAACAUCCAGGCCGUGCUGCUGCCCAAGAAGACCGACAGCCACAAGGCUAAAGCCAAGUGAACAAGGGAAAAGGGGCACUUUGUCUCGUCCGAAAAACAAUCCAAAGGCUCUUUUUAGAGCCACCCACGACAUCAUAGAAAGAGCUCAGUCAUCCGGACUACAGUUAUGUUGCUUUAUAUGAAUUACUCAACCCGU